CCUUCAGCACCCACACUCACAGAGAGAAUCAGAGGACAUGUAAAGGAACUGAGACUAACCUGAUCCUGCUUUUUUCUUCUUCUUUUUUCUGCCAAGCAACUUUCAGAAUAUCUUUGUAUGGGUCACAUACGGAAUAAGUGAGCAUCAAUAAGUCACCUCAGGAAGUGCAGACGGGUUCAUUGUCAUCUCACAGGUGACGGCACAGAUAACAGAGGAGAAGGAGGAUCAAACGGGUGCAAAAGGCAAAGUUAGAUCUGGACCCUGCCCUGUAAAGUAAGAAGAGAGGCUUGCACUUGGCUGUAUAGCAGGAGUAAGAAUGAGGCACAUUGUUACUGGUAGCUGGGUCAAAAAUACCCUAAAAAACUGCAACUCUGACCUAACUUGGCACCUCAAAUUGCUGGCCUGAGAGGCAGGGAUCUGCUGUGCGUGCCCAAGUAGGAGGAAUCUAAACUGAGAGAGAAAUGCUUGGCAGUCAGUGAUAUGUAGAGGCCGAUAGGAAACACACAAAGUGCUCGGCUGAUUAACGUGGCGCCGCUCUGGGAAGUAGUUAUCUGGUCUGUGCUGGUUGGCAGAUCCCCAAGUUGUUCAGCUGACAGAUGAGGUUCCAGAAGGUGGUGAACAGGAUGAGGCCGGGCGGCCACGUGGCCCCGCAGGGAUUACAAGCAGCAAGAAGAAGGUAACGGGAUUAGACUCAAAACAGAGCCUGUUGAAGAACUGGGCUGCAGCACAGAGAGGAGUGGACUGGACACCCUCCGUCGGCACAGAUGAGGAGACUCGUGCACACUCUGUUAACGGACUCGACAUAAAGAGAUUCUGGAUUUUAUUCUUGUUUGCGACAGUCUCUUGACAAAUGACAACUUUGGGUUUGAGAGCCACAUAAAUUAGCCCAUCAUGCUUUUGAAGUCGGGACUAUUCUUCACUUUGUGUCUGUUGUGUGUCCAAGCAAGUCGAAUCAAAGACCUACGUGACCACGGUUUUUCUGGACUCAGGGAUGUGAAGUACCGACACUUUCUCGAAGCCUCCAGACCGAUCAGACACAUCACACAUGUCAGAGCAGAGCAAGGCGGUCACCGGACGAAGAGGUCGGCGCUCCCCACCACGGGGGUCAAAGUGUGUCCCCAGGAUACGAUGAAAGCCGUCAUCGGAAGCCAUCGGGCGUAUUACAAGCUCAGAGUUUGUCAGGAGGUGAUAUGGGAAGCGUUUCGAAUCUUCUUGGACAGAGUCCCAAACUCAGAGGAGUACGGUGCCUGGCUUCACACCUGCCAGCAUGAAAACCUCUGCAUGGACGACCUGGCCCAGAACUUCAGCAGCUCUCAGGAACAUCUGGACAUGGUGGCCAGAAGAGUAGCCGAGCAAGCUGACAGCGAAGGAGUUAUUGCUGGAACCACAGAGGCAGGAAGGGAUUGCACCUGGACACCCCCCCGGAUUCUGCUACCAACGGAGGAUGACUUCAACCAAGAAGACCACAACAUGAUAAAAGAGAACUAUGAGGAGUACAUUGUCGAGUUCAGUGUCACCAUCGUGGAUCCGGCCUUCAGCAAGCUGCUCAGGGACCCGGCAGCGAAGUCCAGUGACAUCACACGACAGCUCACUGACAAGAUGCUUCGUGUGUUUGAAAAGGUUCCAGGAUUUAAAGAGAUUCGUGUUCUUGGAUUUCGCUCAGAGGACUUGUCUGUGCGUUACGCUGUGGUCUUUAAUGGAGACAUGCAGCUCAACGAUGAACCUGACGGUCUUGAGGAUCCGGAGAAGGACGAGGAUGUAAAUGCCCCUAAACUAAAGAACAUCAUUUUGACGGCCUUAAAAAAGGAACUGUCGCUACCGAUGGACAUACAGACACUCAGCUUCGAGCUUGUAACCACGGUGUAUCCAGUUGUCGAGCUCGGCAUGAACCCUCUCGAGGGGGUCGCUGUAUCUGAGGUCGACGCCACACAGGAGCCGGCAGCGGACAAUGCCGCCACACAAAGUUUUCUCCCCACUGUGGCAGUGUUUGAAAACUCUUUGGAAGCUUCUACAACCAAACCAGAAACACAGACCUCUGUGCCUCUCAUCCCAAACGUCAUCCCAGAAAGCACUCCAGCCAUCACGGAUGAGACUCCUUCAACGUCGUCAGUAGAGGAGGAAUCCACAGAAGAUGCUCCUGAGGAGUCCGGUGACAUCAUAAAACCAGACACACAACUGGAGACUGUCACAGAGCCAGAGGUGGAGGACAUACCACCGACUGAGCAUGAUGAUGGAGAAUCAGCUGAUGGGGUCACUGAGGAACAUCCAAUGCAACAGAAUGAGGACCUUCCCGUAGCAACCCACGACUCCCAACCAGAAGAAGUAAUUACUGAUGCACCUGUUGAGGUUAACCUGGACCUGCCAGGGUCAGCAGAUCCCACAGACACUGAGAUAUCUGUCGUACAAGCAGAAGUCCCAGUCGCUACAACAUCAUCUCAUGAGGAUGUGCUUGAAGGCUUUGAACCAGAAUCAAAUGUGAGUGGAUCUUCUGAGACGAGCGGCAAAGCCCCCGAAGACGGAGAUGAGACCAGUGGAGGGAACAGUGAAGCGGCUCCGGUCUCAACAGACUUGCCUCCUGGGAACCCAAACAUUCAAGAUGAUAUAGGGUCAAGUCACGAUGGGAUGGAGGUGGAAGUGACCGAUCCUCUGGAAGAAGAGAGCGGAAGCGGAUUCCCAUCAGAGUCUGACGAAGGCCCAUCUGAAUCCACGGCUGGACCGGCUAUUAGACAAGUCAGCAGCCCUCUGAUGACCGCAGUGGAUACGGGCAAAGAGUUAGUGGUCUUCUUUAGCUUGAGGGUCACUAACAUGAUGUUUUCUGACGGCCUGUUCAACAAGAGCUCCCCAGAGUAUAAAUCCCUGGAGAAUACCUUUCUUGAGCUGACACAGCACCUUGGGUCCAGAAACUCGCCAAACCCUGAAGCUUCCAGUAAAUCUGGGCCUGGGAGACAGAAGACUUUAGCCUCCAUACCGCUUCUGCCAUAUCUACAAUCUAAUUUGACUGGAUUCAAGCAGCUGAAAGUUCUCAACUUCAGGAACGGCAGCGUGGUGGUAAACAGCAAGAUGAAACUGGACAAGCCGGUACCUCACAAUGUCACAGAAGCUGUUCACUGUGUGCUCGAAGACUUCUGCAACUCGGCUUCCAAACGUCUCGACAUCGAGAUCGACAGUCGCUCGUUGGAAGUGGAACAAGCUGACCAAGCGGACUCCUGUAAGUUCCUGGCCUGCAACGAGUUUUCCCGUUGCGUUGUAAACAGUUGGACCGAAGAGGCCGAGUGUUUGUGUGAUCAGGGCUACAGCACCGUGGACGGCCUGCCAUGUCGGAGCGCCUGCGCCUUGCAGCCAGACUACUGCCUGAAUGAUGGCCUGUGUGAAAUAAUCCCAGGGCACGGCGCCACCUGCAGAUGUCCUGCAGGUCUAUACUGGCACUACCACGGAGAACGCUGCAACGAGCUGGUGUCGAUGCCAGUCGACCCGCCGCUAAUUAUCACCUGCCUGGCGGGAAGCUUCUGCUUUGUUUGUGCCGUCAUUGGCAUUUUGAUAUUCGUUAACAAGAAAUGUAAAAAGACCAGAAAGGCUAUAACUCUGGUGCAUUCCCUUGCUCCUUAUGCCUUUGAGAAUUCUUUGAGGGUGAACCCCACAUUUGAGAACGAUGACGGUGUCUUAACUCAAGUGUCCACAUCGGCGUACCCUUCAAGUUCCGCUUCUUCCCAAUCCCACCAGUCUGAACAAGAACAUUUUGCCUCAAUUGAAAAUAUACAUCUGAGUAUUGAGAUCCCCAGACAACUCUACACCACAAGAUCAGAAAAGUUAGUCUCAGAAAUGGUGGACUUCCAUCACUGUAUACCACACAAUGAGCUCUAUGAUACGUGUAAAGACAUGGCGACUGCAAAGUGAAUACAGGACAUGCUGCCAUUUAAGGGCAUCAGAUAACGAGUGUUUUGAAGCGACCGUUCUUUGAUGGGGCCGUGUUGGUGUGAAGAGCAGCUGACACGGUGGCGCAGUGAAGACACGAGGUAGCGAGGACUGCCGUCGCUGUCUAACUGUACGUGGGACGGUACGCUAGACGAGUCAGAAGAUGUUUAAAUUGUUGAGAUUAAUUGUUCAUAGUGAUCAAAGUGUCUUGUUAGACAGAGAGCUAUGGAUAUUAAAGUGGAAACUCAUAUUUAUUCUAUAUAUUGAAUGGUAGGGAUAUUCUUUCCUCACAAUGAGGUAUUUAUUAUUUACAAACCGAUGCACAUGGUGGUAUCUUGAAUUUAGAGUGUUAAAACUACAUUUUACCAUUAUGUCCCAAAAAGAUAAAGAAUAUAUGACACACUGUUCAUAGAAAUUUUGACUCCUGAGCUGUAUUUAUCAGUCCGUCCGAUUCAAAAAUAAUUCUUCCAACUAAUCAUUUGUUUUGAGAUUUGGGAUGUAAAAUUUUUUUUUUUUUUACACUUUUUGCGUUCAACUGCAAAAUUAAAUAUUUUUUGCAUGAAAGAAUUGUUUUUUUUUUUGACUGCCUCAAAGAUGUCUGUGGUAAAAAAUGACAUGCAAUGUAUUGAUGGACGACUGCAGUAAAAACAAGGUUUUCUUCUGUUUUAUAAUCAUCAAA